CGGCUUUUUGGAUGUAAAUUAUUUUUUUAGUAUUUUAUAAAAACCUAUAAAGGUGAAAUGUAAGAACAACUCAUUUGGUAUGACGGUUUUCGUUGACAAAUAUAGCAUUGUUUUUGUCUUUUUUCUCCCUUUUUCAGGAAAACCCAGACCAGGAGAAAGUAGGUGAGUGAUGUGCAGCCUCCAACAAAUUCAUCUCCUCCUCUUAUCCCCUCCUCCUUGUGACUGCCAACAUCGCUGUCCACUGGCGACAUUUCUGUGGGGAAAAAAAAGCUUCAAAAUCCUCCAAUAUAUGCAGAGAUGGGCGGCAGCGCUUCCAUGCAGCGUUUUCCGAGUGUCUUAAGUUAAAACUCGUGCGUGCUGCUUCUGCUGAGCAUGUCCGGCGGAGCGCAGAUGGAUCACGCCAGUCACCGUGCAUGCGUUCCGCUCCAUCCCAACACUUUGGGAUUUUUAUUUUAAUGCAUUUCUUGUGCAGACACGGGAUUUUUUUCUCCAGCAGCACCUCGGCAGGUUGUCAGUGAAGAUGUUGCUUCGCGGACUUCUUUUCUUGUGCUUUUCCGUAACAGGUAUUGUUCUCGCGCAGCGCGACAGCUCCGGAUUAUUUUACGCACUCAGAUCAGAGCUAUCAGAAGAUGCGAUCUUGGUGGCCAACAACGGAUUGCGAGUGCCUUUCGGGAGGUCUGUUUUCAUCGACCCUAUAAAUGAUUUGGUGAUCCAGACGCAGCCGGGGGACCGGUGCAGCAUCACCGUCCUGGAUAAUGAUCCGCUCUCGCAGAGACCGGGACACCUCUCUCCAAAAAAGUUUCCCUGUGAUUUCGGUCCCAGAGAUGUGACAUACUUUCACUACGGCUCCAGAAGUCCAGCUAAAGACAGAGUGAGGCUGCAGCUCAGGUAUGACACACAAACUGAAACCAUAAUCAUCCCGUUUAUGAUGGAGGUUGACGUCCUUUUUACGCAGCUGGAGUUACUCACCAAAAACAUGCCUCUCACCGUUGUGAGGCUUCAAGGGAUCAGCAAUCCCAUUGAUAAGAAGAUUUUAGAGUUUACCUAUGACAGAGACUCCUUUAAAUGUGAGGUGGGACUCUUUUCCAGCGAGAGCUCACUGCCUAGAUAUGGAAAACUCCUGGAUGGGGGGAAACUUUCCACCAUGACAGACUGUGAUGAGAUCACUCAAGCUGGCAUCCGCUAUCAGCACACCUUUAACCACAAAUCUCCAAAUAAGGAUUACAUUCCCAUGGUUGUAGAGCUGCAUGAUAAGGAGGACAACUUAGUAAAGCAGGAGUGUUUUCAUCUCAUGGUCCGUAUUAAGGAAGGAGAGGAAAACACUCCUCCUAAACCCAGCUUUGCUUCCAUGAUGAUGUUGGAGGUGAGCCAGUUUGUGAUGACGGCUGUCACACCUGACAUGCUCGCCGCUGAGGAUGCAGAGUCAGACCCGGAAGAGCUUAUUUUCAACAUAACCUCCUCCUUAUCUUAUGAGGAGGGCUACAUAGUCAGUACUGAUGACAGGAACCUCCCAAUCACAUCCUUCUACCAGAGAGACCUGCGUGACCUGAAAAUAGCGUAUGUGCCACCUUCUCUGGACUCAGACACAGAGAGGAUUUUCCAGCUUGAGUUUGAGGUGGUUGACACUGAAGGAGCCGUCUCAGAUCCCUUUGCUUUUAUGAUUGUUGUGAAGCCGAUGAACACACUGGCCCCCAUUGUGACUCGCAACACAGGCCAGCUGCUGUAUGAGGGGCAGUCCCGGCCCCUCAUUAGCUCCCACAACUUGGAGAUCAGCGAUGAGGACAACCUAGAUGCUGUCACCAUCACAGUUGUGGACGGGCUGCGGCAUGGGGACCUCUUAGUUCUCGGUUCACACAGCAAGUUCUUCACAUCUGCCGACCUUACAACAGGGAUUGUCUUGUACCAGCAUGACGGAAGCGACACAUAUAGCGACAAUAUUGUCUUUAAAAUGACAGAUGGGAAAAAUGAGGUGGAAUUCCUGUUCCCCAUCACGAUUGUUCCCACUGAUGACGAGCCACCGAUUAUCAAUGCCAACACUGGUCUGGUGCUCUUCAGAAAUGAAAUGGUGCCUUUAUCUCCUCACAUGCUCAGUGCUGCUGACAUAGACUCUGAGGACUCAACCAUUAAAUUCACCAUUGUUCCGCCUUUUUCCACAAUUGGCACAGUGCUGCUACGACAGUCGGAUGCCCCAGAAGACCCAUCUUCGUGGAAAUUCAAUACAGAAGAUGAGGUGUAUGAGAAGGAGGUGUCAGAGUGGCUUCAGAAAGACAUCAUAGAUGGAAAGCUGUUUUACAGACACACAGGGCCUCACAGCUCCGGCACGGUCACAGAUCAGUUUGUGUUCACUGUUCAGGAUGACAACGACCCCCCUAACCUAUCAGGCGAAAACUCAUUCAUUAUCCGAGUCUUACCGGUUGAUGAUGUACCCCCUGAGUUAUUCCCUGGUACCACCCUGCAGAUGACUGUCGAGGAGUACAAGGUCACCCACUUUAGCAAAGAAGUGUUGCGCUACACCGAUUUGGACUCUGAGGACCGUGACCUCAAAUACACGGUUAUCCAGCCCCCAAUGGAUACGGAUGAAAAUAACCCCAUUACGUUUGGUUCUUUGGUUUUGACGGACAACCCUGACAUUAAAGUGACAGAAUUCACACAAGCUCAAGUCAACCACCAUAAGCUAUCCUAUGCCCCCCCAGAUGUUGAGUUGGGAAUCACAGCCCAUGUUGUGCAAUUCCGUUACACAGUUGAAGACACAGCUGGAAACAGCGCUGAAGGCGCCUUUACCAUCUACCUGCAGCCUGUCAACAACAAGCCCCCCCAGAUUACAAACACUGGCUUUGGUGUGUUUGAACGAGGGAUGCAUAUAAUCACCCAAGCAGAACUGGAUGCUGUAGACCUUGAUACAAAAAGUGAGGAAAUAACCUUUACUCUGAGCCAGCCCCCUAAGCACGGCCAUAUUCAGUUUGCAUUUUCAGACUUGGAUAAAAAAGGAGCUUUCAGACUUGCAGAUAUCUCAAAUGGAAAGAUAUCGUACAUGCAUAAUGGAGAGGAGACAGUGAAUGAUGGAUUUCUGUUGGAUGUCAGUGACGGGAUUCAUGUGGUAACUGUGACAGUCAAAGUUCACGUAAAGCCAGUUGAUGAUGAAACUCCAAUAGUCACCCUACCCGCGGGAACCGUCGGCUCUCGAAUAGAUGUGCUGGAAAAUGGUGCCACAGAAAUCACAACUGAUGUGAUUCAAGGACAUGACGAUGACACAGAUGACCUCCAGCUGACGUUCAUUGUGGAAGAUCCUCCAUCCUUGGGUGAAAUAUUGGUCAAAGGAUUGCCUGCCACUAGAUUUACCCAAGCUGACGUUAUUAAUGGGGUGGUUGUAUAUGCACACACUAGUGGGGAGAUAGGUCUCAACAUCCUGCAAGAUGGAUUCAAUUUGACCCUAACAGACAUGUCUGAUGAUUGGACUGUAGGUGGCAAUAAAGUCAGCGGAGUCCAUGUUCGAGUCACUAUUCUUCCUGUAGAUAAUCAGGCCCCCCAGGUCGGGAUUGGAAUACAAUUCAGUGUCAUUGAAGGAGAGAAAUAUGCCAUCAGCCCAGAACAUGUGAAUGCUGAAGAUAAGGACACCCCAUCAGAUGAUAUCCUUUGCACCAUCAUUGUUCAGCCCACUGCAGGUUACCUGGAAAAUAUAUCUCCUGCCCCAGGCUCAGAAAAGUCAAGGUCAGGAACAGCCAUCAGUGCUUUUACCAUCAGAGACAUCAGGGAUGGGAGUAUUUACUAUGUGCAAAGCAUUCACAAAGGAGUAGAGCCUGUGGAGGAUAGGUUCACGCUAAGGUGCACAGAUGGCAUAAACUUUUCUGAAAAUCACAUCUUCCCAAUUGUUAUUAUCCCUGCAAAUGAUGAAAAACCAGAGAUUUACUUGAGGGAAAUCGUCUUAAUGGAGGGGAUGAACAUUGUCAUAGACACACCAAUUUUAAAUGGAGCUGAUGUUGACGUUCCAUCUGAAGAACUUGUAUUUAUAAUUUCCAAACCUCCCAAACAUGGCACAAUUUUAAACCAGCUAUCCACAGGCUCAGUUCUAGUGACUAAUUUCACUUUAGAACAGAUCAAAGAAGCCUCAAGUAUUAUUUAUGAACACGAUGACUCAGAGGUAAGUGAAGAUAGUUUUGAAGUCAUUCUGACAGAUGGAAAGUACUCUGUGCAGAAAACAGCCAUGGUUAUGAUCAUUCCAGUGGAUGAUGAGACCCCUAGGAUGUCUAUCAAUGAUGGCCUUGAAGUAAACAUUGGAGAAACAAAAGAGAUUAACAACAAAGUGCUGAAAGCAACUGAUUUAGAUUCAGAUGACAGCACACUGUCAUUUAUCGUUCGUUUUGGGCCAAGUCAAGGUCACCUUCAAAGAAAAACCUCAUCUGGGUCUCUGGAGAAUGUCACACUCGGCAUGAAUUUCACACAAGCUGAAAUCGAUGCUGGUCUUGUGCUUUACACACACAACGGACAAGAGGGGAUUCGAGACCUCAUCAAAUUUGAUGUGACCGAUGGCAUCAAUUCACUCAUUGAUCGUUACUUUUACAUCACUGUUGGAAGCAUUGACAUGGUUUUUCCUGAUGUGGUUAGUAAAGGUGUCUCUCUGAAAGAAGGUGGUAGAGUGACUUUGACCACAGACCUUCUCAGCACCUCUGACAUCAACAGUCCGGAUGAGAACUUGGUCUUCACUGUCACUCGGGCCCCUGUUAGAGGCCAUCUGGAGUGCACGGAUACUCCUGGGAUGCCCAUUGUGUUGUUUUCCCAGCUCCAAUUGGCUGGAAGUAAGAUUUUUUACGUCCACACUUCAGACGAUGAGGUCAAAAUGGAUAGUUUUGAGUUUGAAGUCACCGAUGGCUACAACCCGGUUUUCAGAACCUUUAGAAUCUCUAUAGUUGAUGUUGAUAACAAGAAACCCGUCUUGACCAUAAAAAGUCUAGUUGUGACGGAAGGACAACUUAAGUUGAUCACACCAUUCGAGCUGAAUGCUGAAGACCAGGACACAAACGAGAAGAUGAUCAGAUUUACCGUCACCCAACUGCCAAUUCAUGGCAAACUUCUGUUCAACAAAUCAACACCUGUCGCCAGCUUCACCAAACAAGACCUUAAUGAGAAUCUCAUCAGCUACAAACACGAUGGAACUGAAUCAUCAGAGGACUCUAUUUCCUUCACCAUCACCGAUGGCACACACACAGACUUCUUUGUUUUCCCUGACACAGUUUAUGAGACCAGACGCCCUCAAACGAUGAAGAUCACUAUUGUAGCUGUCGAUAAUGGGGUCCCCCAGAUUGUGGUGAACAAAGGUGCGCUCACGCUAAAGAUUUUGACCACAGGUCACCUGGGAUUACCCAUCAGUCCCAAAGUACUGAGGGCAGAAGACAGAGAUAGCAGACCGGCGUCACUGCUUUUCCACAUCACUACUCAACCCAAACAUGGAUAUGUUGUUAAUCUGGGGCAUGGAAACAACUCUGUGGACACAUUUAGUCAAGCCGACAUUGAUGACCUGCACAUCUGCUAUGUAUUGCGGAAUGAAGAAAACGCAACAUCUGAUGUCUUCUAUUUCUCUGUCGAGGAUAAAGGCGGAAACAAGCUUAAGGAUCAGCAGUUCCGUCUGGACUGGGCCUGGAUCUCUCUGGAGAAAGAGUACUAUGUGGUGGAUGAGGAGGACAAACACCUGGAUGUGGUGCUCAGACGCAGAGGCUACCUCGGAGAGACGUCUUUCAUUGGCAUUGGCACCCAGGAUGGCAGUGCAAAGAAGAACGAGGACUUCAAAGGGAAGUUGCAGAAGCAGGUGCAGUUCAACCCGGGACAGACCAAAGCCACGUGGCGUGUGCGGAUUCUGGCUGAUGGAAAAUACGAGCAGGCAGAAACCUUUCAGAUUUUGCUAUCGGAGCCAGUGAUGGGAGUGAUGGAGUUCCCUGUCGUGGCAACAGUGGAAAUCCUGGAUCCUAAAGAUGAGUCGAGCGUAUUCUUCCCUGAACAAGUCCACUUGGUGGAGGAAGACGUUGGCGAGUUAUUCAUCCCAGUGCACCGCAGUGGAGACGUCAGCGAGGAGCUUAUGGUGAUAUGCCACACACAGCAAGGUUCUGCUAAAGGAACCAUCCCCACCACUGUUCUUUCCUAUUCUGACUACAUCUCGCGUCCAGAGGAGCACAGCAGCCUCCUUCGUUUUGACAGGGGGGAGAGGGAAAAGCUGUGCCGCGUCGUGAUCAUCGACGACUCUCUAUAUGAAGGAGAAGAGAGUUUUAACCUGACUCUGUCUAUGCCUGUCGGAGGUCGUCUGGGAAAACACUACACAACAACUAAAGUCAACAUUGUCGAAGAUUUGGAUGAUGCUCCUGUGUUUUACUUUGGAGAGGCAGAGUAUUAUGCAGACGAGAGUGAUGGAUACGUGGAAGUCAAAGUGUGGAGGACAGGAACUGAUCUGUCCAAGGCUGGUACUGUGACGGUCCACUCUCGCAAAACAGAGCCUGCCUCUGCAGAAGCUGGUUCUGACUAUGUGGGCUUGAGUCACAACUUAGACUUUGCCCCGGGUGUCAGCAUGCAGACGUUCAGGGUGUUCAUUCUGGACGACCUUGGACAGCCAGAGCUGGAGGGGACUGAAAGAUUUGAGUUAGUCCUGCGACUGCCACUCAAUGGUAUCCUGGGAGAACCUGGAAAGGCAACAGUCUUCAUCAAUGACUCAGUGUCAGACUUACCAAAGGUCCAGUUCCGCAAACCUCUUUACACAGGAGAGGAGAGCGACGGCCUCAUCACAGCAAUGGUGUAUCGCAGCGGAGACAUCCGGCACAAGUCCUCUGUGCGCUGUUACACCCGUCAGGGCUCUGCUCAGGUCGCCUCUGACUUUGAUGAGCGGCCCAACACGGACGCAUCUGUCAUCAGUUUCCUACCAGGCGAGGUGGAGAAACCAUGUGUUCUGACAUUGGUGGACGACACGCUCUAUGAGGAAGGAGAGGAGCUGCGGCUGGUUUUGGGGAGCCCGAGGAGCAGCUCACAGUUUGGAGCAUCAGUGGGGGCUCCGAAUGAAACUCUAGUGAAAAUAAAAGACACGGCAGACAAACCCAUCAUUCGUUUUCUAGAAACCAAGUUCAGCGUAAGUGAACCAAAGGAAGCUGGAGCUGUUGCAAUUGUUAGGGUCCCUGUGGUACGAAUGGGUGACACUUCAAAAGUGUCCGUGGUUCGUGUUCACACCAAAGACGGAUCUGCUGUCUCGGGAGAGGAUUACUACCCCGUGUCUCAAGACAUUGAAUUCAGACAAGGGGAUAAGCAGCAUGUCGUGCAGGUGGAGGUGCUGUUUGAUGGAGUGAGGGAAAUGAGGGAAGCCUUCACCCUCCAUCUUAAGCCUGAUGACAACAUGGUGGCUGAAACAGAGAUGACUAAAGUAAUAGUGUACAUUGAGGAGUCCAACAGCAUGGCUGAUGUCACCUUCCCAUCGUUGCCUCAUGUUGUGUCGUUGCUUCAUUACGAUGAUGUUGCUCGGACACCACACAACCUGCAGCCACCAGCCGGAUAUCCAGUCAUCUGUGUCACAGCGUGCAACACAAAAUAUCCAGACUACGACAAGACAGGUUCUAUCUGUGUCAGCGAGCACAUCAAUAACACCUUGACCCGCUACCGCUGGCUCAUCAGUGCCCCAGCUGGUCCCGAUGGCGUCACCAGUCCCAUGAGGGAGGUGGACUUUGACACGUUCUUUACUUCCUCCAAGAUAAUCACACUGGACUCAGUUUACUUCCAGGCGGGCUCCAGGGUCCAGUGUGCUGCCAGAGCUGUUAAUUCUGAUGGGGAUGAGGGCUUAGAGCUCAGCAGCCCUAUUGCCGUCAUAAGCAUGGAGGAAGGCAUGUGUCAACCACGGAAGAUGGGAACUGUUGGUGCUGAACCUUUCUCUGCCAAAUUGCGCUACACUGGAGCAGACGACCCGAAGCACCCCAACCUCAUCAAAGUGACUGUCACUAUGCCUCACAUCGAUGGUAUGCUUCCUGUAAUCUCCACUCGGCCUCUGGUGAAUUUUGACCUGACUCUCAGUCCUGAUGGAACCCGCGUUGGAAACCACCGCUGCUCCAACUUGCUUGAUUUCAGCGAGGUCACCACAGGUCACGGCUUCAUCACUGCUUCAACUCGCAACCCUGAGAGCAUGGGAGAUUCGGCGCCCUAUCAGUUCAGCAGUGCUCUGAGGGGCAACAGCACUCUGCGUUUUUACAGGAACCUCAACCUGGAAGCCUGUCUGUGGGAGUUUUCCAGCUACUUCCACAUGUCUGAGCUGCUCACUGACUGUGGCGGGACCAUCGGGACAGAUGGACAGGUUCUGAACCUGGUUCAGUCGUACGUGACCCUGCGUGUGCCCCUUUAUGUGUCAUACGUGUUCCACUCACCAGUGGGUACCGGCGGAUGGCAGCACUUUGAUCUGCAAUCUGAGCUGCGUCUCACCUUUGUUUAUGAUACUGCCAUUCUCUGGAAAGACGGUAUUGGCAGUCCCCCACAAGCAGAACUACAGGGUUCUUUGUUUCCCACAAGCAUGCGCAUCAACAAGCAGGGACGUUUGGUGGUAAACUUCCGCACCAAGGCUCAUUUUAGGGGUCUGUUUGUUCAGUCUCACUCCCCAGGUCGAAUCAAAAGAUCUGUGUCCUCGCUGUCCAUGGUGAUGAGUGUGGACAACCCUGGCUUAACCAUUAACCUCACAUUGGUCAGGAGUGAGCCGACCUACAACCAACCUGUGCAGCAAUGGAUCUUCAUCUCUGACUUUGCUGUGAGAGACUAUUCUGGGACAUACACAGUAAAGCUGAUCCCGUGUACUACAGCUCAGACUAUAGAGUAUUCUGUCCCCCCCAUCUGCAGUCCCAGAGAACCCAUCUCCUUUGACCUCAACAUUAGGUUCCAGCAGGUGAGUGACCCAGUUGCAGUGGAAUUCAGUUUGAACACUCAGAUGUUCCUUUUGUCCAAGAGGAGCCUGUGGCUUUCUGAUGGAUCCACAAACUUUGGUCAAGAGAGUGAUGUAGCCUUUUCUGAGGGCGAUACGAUAUAUGGUCGUGUCAUGGUGGAUCCUGUGCAGAAUCUGGGAGAUUCAUUCUUCUGCAGCAUAGAAAAGGUGUUCCUGUGCACCGGUGCUGAUGGAUAUGUGCCCAAGUAUAACCCAACCAAUUUUGAAUUUGGAUGCCUGGCUGACUCCCCAUCACUGCUUUAUAGGUUUAAGAUCCUUGAUAAGGCUCAGCCAGAAACUCAGGCUCUUGUAUUUGGUGAAAUCGGUUUUAAUGCUGUGCUGGCGGUGGACGAUCCAUCCGCUCUGUCUCUUGUCAGACAACCUGGUUCAGAUGGCUUUAGAUUAGAUUCAUCUGCCAUGUUCCAGGUUGCUGCAGGUCGUGAAUGGUACAUACAUACCAUUUAUACAGUUCGCUCAAAAGAUGCUGUCAGCAGGGGCAUCGGGAAGCGGAGCCUGGAGUACCACUCCUUCGUUUCCACAACCGACAGCCGAGCUUUGUCAGCCAGGCCAGAAGCUCCUCGCAAAAGAAGGUCAGCUGGAGAUGCAAUCCCUGCAGUCGCUGAAGAUAUUGGCAUAGACAAUAGCCGGGGCACCAACAUCAUGCACAUCUUUUUGGACCGCACCAAGAGGAAAUCCAGGGUGUCAGACGAACUCUUUGCUGGUGGGUUAGAACCUGACGAGCUGAAUGCGGAUGACACAGAGGAGGGUCUGCUGACUGUGGUGGGGGGUCUGGUCGGGGUGCUGCUAACUGUCCUCAUCAUUGUCAUCAUCACACUCAUACUGAGAUCCAAACAGAAAGAUUGGAAGGAAGGGGGAAGGGGAGGGGUGCAAAAGGUGGUAAAGGGAUCUGUCAGCACGGAGCCUAUGCUUGUGGUGAGGAUGCAGGACUGUCACAACAGCUCAGAGGUCUGAGCUGUGAACGCAUAGAUGGACAGAUGAACACACGGGACAGCCUUUUUUGGCAAAACGGGGGUCUUUUUACCUGCAUUGAAUAAAUCAAUACUUAAAAAUAUGUUGAUUAAUGUCCCAUUUCAAUGGGAUUGUUGUAACAUGACAUAUUUUAAGUGCAACACUUUUAACUACCCUUUAGUUUAUUUUAAUUUUUUAUUUUUUUUUAAUUAGCCAUGAUGCCAUUAGCAGUACAUUCCUUUUGUUUCCUACUUACUUUAGGGAGUGAAAGUGCCUGAAGAAACCAUUUUAUUUCAGGCUACUAUAUUUGCCAAAAGAAGCUAGAGAAAGUUCAUGCUUAAACUUAAAGGGACACUUCACCUCAAUAAGAACACUUUUACCUUUCUUAUUAGUAGUAGUUUGAAAAACAGUGUGUCCAGCCACAACAGAUUGUUCUUGCUGUCUGCAAUGUAUUUCUAGAACUGCUUUAGACAAUAUCUUUGCUACCUUUAGAAACAUGCCCGGCCUAACAGAGCUUAAUGUAAUUUUCUACUCUCAUUCUUUGAUUAAUAAAAAAAAAAAUUUCAUAUUUUUUCCCCCCUAAGUUUUCCCCCUUUUUUUUUUUGCUAAAUAUUAUUUUGUUGUUCAUUCUGGGGUGAAGUGUGCCUUAAAGUAAUUAAAUUUGGGUAAAAAAGCCUAUUUCGAUUUUCAGAAACUUGAAAUAGUAAAAAACAAAGUAAAAUAAAUAAUAAUAAUAAUAAUUGUAAUAUAAUAAUAAAGAAUAUAGCACAAAUACCCUUCGCAAAAAGUAGCCUAUUUAGGUGUACUGCUAGUACACUCACUGAAAAUGUGGCAGUAUACCUGAAGUUUACUUUUUACACACUAUCUAUAGUUAAACUGUUCAAAUUUAGUCUGUAGAAGUAUUCAGUUGGUACACUCCCUACACUACACAUACAUGGUCUAUGGUAUUCUUGCUAAACUUAUACUAAAGUAAAUAAACUUCAAAUGUACUACUUUUUGCGAAGAAUAUUUUCUCAUCUGUGAAGUCAAGUGCAUCUAUCAGCACAUCAAAACAAAUGGCCAGUUCUUUCUUUCACCAGCUAAGCAGUUCACCGUUAAGCUUUAUUUUUCAUUUUUGGUUCCCAUGUCGACCACACUCUGUUUAAAUGUUUUGCUUCUCAGUCAUAAUGAUUAUUUAUAGCAUACACUGAUUUUUUUCCCUCCCAUAGCUCUUUAGUUUUCAUUGUUUUACUUUGUUUUAAGUGUUACUGGACUUUCUGUAAUAUUCAUUCUCAAUAUCGUUGAUCCACAGAUGUUUCUGGUAUUUCUUAGAACUAGACAGGCAUUAAUGUUACUUGAUGAAGAAAAACACUGUUUGAGAUAUUGUUGCAACCCUUCUCGAAGGUUAUUAUAACAUUGAAAGAAAGGUGAGUGUAUUGUAACACAAUCUUAUUGUUGACUAUGUGGGGGGAAAAUGUCCUUCAUAAUCACCUUUUUUGUUGAAUACGUCUUUCUUCACAUCCAGCAGGUUUUCUCAAAUUGUGUUCUUUUAGGCUUUUCCAGUCACUAGUGUUGUGCACCACUUCAGUGACUUAUGUGUUUAGAUGAACAAUAGGGAUACAAGAUCUGUUUACCAAUCACCUGUGAAGAAAAUCAAAUUUGAUCCACUUGAUAUAAUGUUAUCUUGUGAGUGAUAGAAUAUAAUUUUCCUUUAAAUGGGUAUGUUUUACUCUUCUGACACUGUUUCAAUCAGUAUUUCUAAAUGCUUCUUUUACCAUUGUGCUGUUAGUUUUGAUCAUAACUAUUUUCAUAUAUUUAUUAAGUUAAACCGAUGAUGAGUUGAAACCACUUGAGGGAUCGGUCACGUUUUGAUUGUAUAAAUGUCAGCGGAACUGAAACGAAGCCAUCUUUUGGUUUUGUAGCACCGAUGAAUUUUGUCAUUUUUGCGUCUCACAUCACAUGCCACUACAAGCUAUGCAAUGUAAUGUAUACUUCAUAGCCAGUUAUCCCCAUUUAUAUAAAAUUUUCAGCACAAUAAAACUUUAUAUACACAC